ACCUUCCUUGGCACUCGCGUGCCUCCUACGGAUCCGUGAUGUUGCAUCCUCCUGGCGAGUCGAGGCGCUUCCCAAGUCUCGGCGUCUCUGGCGCCUGAGAUCUGCAGAGGCGUGGGGGUGGAGGUGGGGGCAGCAGCAUCGGCAGGCACUGCGCUAGCGAGGAGGAGGAGGAGGCAAGGUCCUCGCCUGACACCGCUCUCUAUCCUGCUUCCACUAUCAUCCUCGGCAUCACCACUACCACCACCAUCAUCAUCACUCUCGUCUGUUAGAAGAAGGGGGAGUUGGGGGGGGGGUACGCCAUUAGUUAAUGGCUAGAUCGGUGUUAUUAUUCUAGUAUUAUUAUUAUCAACAACAACACACAUUAUAAUCAUCAGUUUACAAAAAAAAAACAAUAUUAGCUUAUGACUACAUCAGUCAUUUUCAUUAUUCCAUUAUCAUAACCAUCAUCCUAAUCUGUAUUGUUAUUUGUAAUAUUAAAUCUCUGAUUAAUUGCAAAAAACCUUGAACGUGCGGCGUUGGCAACUCAAAGAGCGCUAGCGAGGCCAGCUAAUAAUCGUGGCCAGCUAAUAAUCGUGGCACGUACCGCGAUUAUAAUGAUGAGUGUGAGUGACGACACUUCACCGUUACUGUGCCGGGAUCUCGCAUGGACUCGUAUCCUCAGAGUGGGCACGGAAUGGUGAUGAAACGGAGCCAAUUUGCUUCGCUCCUCCGGCGCUGGACCAGGGAUCAAACACGUGGCAGGCACACUCCGGGCCGGUUUCGAUCAUCUGAGGCUAUCGGGCUUUCCUCAACAAGUACUCAACGGUGAACGCGCGAGCGGCGCAGGCGUCUGGGCCGCCCGCUCCUCCGCGCUGGUCUAACCCUCGCGUCCGCCGCCCGCCAUCGCGCCCGCCCCGCCGCGGCCGAGCCAUGCCUCCUCCGUCGCCGCCACCGCCGCGCCACCGCCACCGCCGGCACCACCAGCACCACAACCACCGCCGCCGCGCGUUCCCCCUGCUCCUCGCGCUGCACGCCGCCGCCGCCGUCGUCUGCUCGGCCUCGCGGCCCGAGCCUAGCCCGGGUCGCAAGGAGGCGGAGAAGGAGCAGGAGCUGCUGGUCGGGGGGCUGUUCCCCGUGCACGAGAAGGGCGACGGCUCCAAGGACUGCGGCCCCAUCAACGAGGCGCGCGGCAUCCAGCGCAUGGAGGCCAUGCUGUUCGCGCUCGACAGGAUCAACGAAGACCCGCGGCUGCUGCCCGGCGUGCGGCUCGGCGCGCGCGUCCUGGACACGUGCCUCAAGGACACGUAUGCGCUGGAGCAGGCGCUCGAGUUCGUGCGCUCGUCGCUGCAGAAGGUGGACGGCACGGACUUCAUGUGCCCCGACGGCACGUACGCGAUCCACGGAGGGAACGCGCAGCCCAUCGCGGGGGUCAUCGGGGGGUCGGACAGCAGCGUCUCCAUACAGGUGGCCAACCUGCUCCGGCUCUUCCAGAUCCCGCAGAUCAGCUACGCGUCGACGAGCGCCAAGCUGAGCGACAAGUCGCGCUACGACUACUUCGCCCGCACCGUGCCGCCCGACUUCUACCAGGCCAAGGCGAUGGCGGACAUCCUGCGCUUCUUCAACUGGACGUACGUGUCCACCGUGGCGUCGGAGGGCGACUACGGGGAGACGGGCAUCGAGGCCUUCGAGAACGAGGCCCGCUCGCGCAACAUCUGCAUCGCCACGUCGGAGAAGGUGGGCCGCUUGACGGGCCCCGACUCGUACAAGGGCAUCGUCCACAACCUCAUGCAGAAGCCCAACGCCCGAGUCGUCGUCCUCUUCAUGCGCAGCGACGACGCCAAGAACCUGUUGGCCGCCGCGACCAGCAACAACACCUCCUUCCUGUGGGUGGCAAGUGACGGGUGGGGCGCCCUCGAGAACGUCGUGAAGGGCAACGAGAAGGCCGCCCUGGGCGCCAUCACCAUCGAGCUGUCGUCGUUCCCCGUGCAGGAGUUCAGCGAAUACUUCAAGUCGCUCAGGCCCACCGCCAACGAGCGCAACCCGUGGUUCCGCGAGUACUGGCAGCACAAGUUCCAGUGCACCCUCCCCGAGCUGCCGCACGUGGAGAACGAGUGCAGCCAGCAGCGGAGCCUGAACGACAAGAACUUUGAGCAGGAGUCGAAGAUCAUGUUCGUGGUGAACGCGGUGUACGCCAUGGCACACGCUCUGCACAACAUGCAGAGGUCCCUGUGCCCCAACACCACGGGGCUCUGCGAUGCCAUGAAGCCCAUCGAUGGCAAGAGGCUCUACAAGGAGUUCAUACUCAAGGCACAGUUCGACGCCCCAUUCCGCAACGACUCGAGAGUGCGCUUCGACAAGUUCGGCGACGGCAUCGGCCGCUACAACCUCUUCAACUACAAGCAGACGGGCAAGCGCUACACCUACACCAAGGUGGGCUACUGGGCCGAGGCUCUGCACCUGGAGACGAGCCGCAUCCAGUGGGCCAAGAACUCCGUGCCCGUGUCGCAGUGCAGUGACCCAUGCGCCAAGAACGAGAUGAAGAGCAUGCAGCCCGACAACUGCUGCUGGAUCUGCAUCCCGUGCCAGCCUUACGAGUUCCUGUACGACGAGUUCACCUGCUUGGAGUGCAAGCUGGGCAGCUGGCCCACCGACGACCAGACGGGCUGCUACGACCUCCCGGAGGAGUACAUCAAGUGGGAGGACGCAUGGGCCGUGGUGCCCGUCACCAUCUCGUGCCUGGGCAUCGUGUGCACGCUGCUGGUGGCCGCCGUCUUCCUCAAGCACAACGACACGCCCAUCGUGAAGGCCUCGGGCCGCGAGCUCUGCUACAUCCUGCUCUUCGGCGUCUUCAUGUGCUACAGCAUGACCUUCUUCUUCAUCGCCAAGCCGUCGCCGUCCGUGUGCACGCUGCGGCGGCUGGGCCUAGGCACGUCGUUCGCCAUGUGCUACGCGGCGCUGCUCACCAAGACCAACCGCAUCGCGCGCAUCUUUAACAGCGUCAAGGAGGGCGCCCAGCGGCUCAAGUUCAUCAGCCCCGCGUCGCAGGUGCUCAUCUGCAUGGCGCUCAUCUCCUGCCAGGUCCUCUUCAUCAUCGCGUGGCUCGUCGUGGAGCCGCCCGGCGACCGCAGGGACACGUCGCUGGAGAAGCGCAACGUGGUGACGCUCAAGUGCAACGUGCAGGACUCCAGCAUGCUCAUCUCGCUGGGCUACGACGUGAUCCUGGUGGUGCUGUGCACCGUCUACGCGUUCAAGACGCGCAAGUGCCCCGAGAACUUCAACGAGGCCAAGUUCAUCGGGUUCACCAUGUACACCACGUGCAUCAUCUGGCUUGCCUUCCUGCCCAUAUUCUACGUGACCUCCAGCGACUACAGGGUGCAGACCACCACGAUGUGCGUGUCCGUGAGCCUGAGUGGCUCCGUGGUGCUUGGCUGCCUCUUCGCUCCCAAGGCUCACGUCAUCCUCUUCCAGCCACAGAAGAACGUGGCGAGCCUCCGCGUCGUCACCAACCGCUUCAGCGUCUCGGGCUCUGGCCCCUCCAGCUCAUUCAGCCAAGUCCCCUGCCGAGGGGUGCCUACCGUGUGCAACGGAAAGGAGGUGAUCGACUCCACCACCUCGUCGCUUUGAGGGCCCCCGGUCGUCUGGCACGAAGCACAGCACAAACGGUCGCCUCUUCGAGCCGCAAGUGGUGGAUUUUACUUUUAUUUUGAUUUCCGGAGCACCUCCAUCCACUGCCCGCCUAAAAACAGCGUGUCCUCAAAAAAAAUAGCGGAGUGAUUCAAGGGGGUGAAGUGGUGACGCCCCCCGGUUACAAAGGUUGCCAUCAGUUCUGGUCUUCACAGGAUUGCCCUUUUUGUUGUUGUUGUUGUCGGGCUGUAAAAUCUGGUUUGCCAGGAUAUUCAAAAUUUUGUUUUUGUCACUUGCUUAAUAAUACACUGCUCAAGACAAUAGAUUGACAUGUAAUAUCCCAUAUUUCCCUUAAUUCUUAGAUAUUUUUUAAUGUCCCAUUUUUUUUAAGUUCAGAGGUGGCAAACUUAUGCUCCAGUAUAUCCAUUUUAUUCACAAAACCGCGGUUGUUUCAGUGAAGAUCAACUUUCGGAAUUGUAUUUUUUUAAGCGAUAAACAAAUAAUAUCGGAGAAAAAAAACACAAAUCGUAUACAAUGAACAAGAUAUGCCAUCACUUUUAAAAGUAAGAAUAUUAACAAAAGCCUGAUCUGGUCUGGAGGGUGUGGAAGAGCGGUACUGCACUGCACUAAGCACAGUACAGUUCAGUACACACCUAAAGUAAAUUUAACACAUUGCGGUGAUGGAUAUAUACUCCCCUGGCGCUGCGUGGAGACCAAACGACGCACCGGCGUUGCUCUGCAUGCCGCUCGCUGUUUAAGCUUCGCGAGUUCGAGUUCAAAACGUUUCCCCGUGUUUUUUUUGUUUAACCCCGAGGACGCACUUGGAGAUGUUUUAGGCCGAGGCGUGCGCCCACUUCGAGGGCGAUGGAAUGGGCCGCGGGGGAGCGUAAACAUGCGAGCCCGCUGUCACAAAUUGUCGAAAAGCAAUCCGGCAUAUUUUUUUUUAUCAUCUCCGCGACGAUUUGAGAUCAGCUGGGUGCAGAGUGAAGCAAUUCCACCUUCGCCCACACAGGAGUUUGCGGUUCAGAAAUUCCGCAGGUGCAGUUCUCAUGAGUUUAACGAUGCCCUGUGUUAACCCUGAUUCUGAACUCUGUUGUCGUGGUGUGAUGAACGGAAGGAUUGGGGUAGCAAAUGAGUUGCGCAGAGGUUCAGUUAACGGGAGAGGUUUAUUUAGAGACACACAAAAAAAA